AGACUCGUUUCUCAACUUCCAACCAAACCCAUGUCCACCAUGGCACCAGGAAAGAAAUACGGCCACCUCUCCGCAAUGGACCCCGAAUUCGUCCCCUUCAAACCCAUGUCCGACGCUUUCUUGGUAAAGCUAUGGAACCGGCCUCUCAAACAAACCCGCGCUAUGCUGAAGAUGCCAUUCCCGUUUCCAGACUUUGUUCCUAAGGCUGAGGAGUUCCAAAUCACGGAGCGGACGGUACCGGUUAGAGAUGGGACGGAGAUUGGGAUCAAGGUCUAUGCGUCUAAGGCUAAGGCCAACGUGGAUGCUGGUGAUGUGGUGCUGUUCUAUGUCAUGCAUGGAGGCGGGUGGGUUGUGGGGAGUCAUGGGAUUGAGGAGAUCAUGAAUCGUUAUGUGGCCAGGGAUAAUGGGGCGGUCGUUGUGAGUGUAGAUUACCGGAUGGCUCCAGAGUUCAAGUAUCCGUAUGCGGUCAACGAUAGCUUCGAUGUCCUUCUAUGGUGCAAAGGCAACGCAAAAGAGCUCGGCAUAAACCCAGAGCGCAUCAUAGUCGGCGGAAGCAGUGCUGGCGGGAACCUCGCCGCAGUAAUGGCGCUUAAAGCCCGCAACGAGAAAGUCACCGGAAUCAUAGGCCAGAUCCUCAAUAUUCCCGUCACGUGCCACCCCGACUUCUAUCCAGCAGACAAGUAUGAGCUAGGCAGCUGGGAGCAAAACAAAGAUGCGAGCGGUCUUUCCAUGAUGCGGAUGCAGUACUUUUGGAAUCAAUAUACGCCAGAGCCAACGAGGGAGGAGUAUGCCAGCCCGCUGCUGGCAAAGUCGUUAGAAGGGCUACCGCCGGCUCUGAUCCAAGUUGCAGGCCUCGAUCCACUAAGGGACGAAGCGCUAGCGUACGCUGAUGCAUUGCAAGCAACAGGCGUCCAAGUGACCGUCCAAGUCUACCCCGGCCUCCCCCACGGCUUCGGGGCAAUGAUGAUGCUCGAAAAAGCAUCCAGGAAAUACCAAAGCGCGAACGUGAACUGGAUACGGUAUAUCACUGACUCAUAUGCGAGCUCGAAACUAUAGACCAACAGACCUCUCAUCUUUCUCCACCCUAACACCCCCUUUCUCUACUUACCACAUCAACCCACUUCGAACCCCCAGAACUCUCUUAAACUCCCCCCACCACGUUAAUCACAACGAAGAACUGUGGCUUUUAUUCCCUGCCUUGUCUCCCUCCUUCUUCUCCCUUUCCCCCUUCUCCUUUUCAUCCUUCUCCCUUUCCUCCUUCUUUUGCAACCUGACUUUAUCCGUCCACUCAACCGCAUGAUCGUUCCACGGCUCGUCAAAGUGCUUGUUCCACAUGUGAUUCGCCAGGCCCCCGAUCACAAGGAACACGCUGCAGCUCGAGCAGCCGUUGUGUGAUGUGGCAUCCAUGUGGGCUGAGCGUUCGGUCUGAGAGUUUGAAAAGAACGGGCAUUCCGGGCAUUGAUUUGGGUUGAACUGAGGGAUUAGUGGGGGAUGGAAGCGGAGGGGAAAGGGAGG